GACUAGGGAAAGACCGACAGACUGGAGGCGCGGUGGCUGAGGUGUGUCCGCGCUGGUGGCCUGAACGAGGUAGAACAUGACUGAGACUCUGGUGGCGUCACUCUCCGGGCCUCUCUUCUUGAGGUUUGCCUAAGCUGUCCCCUGGCGGAUCCGCUCCCAGUUUUUAACCACAAGUUCUUGUGGAAAAAAUGGCUGAUAUUAACCUCAAAGAAGUAACCUUAAUAGUAGGUGUGGUUACUGCAUGCUAUUGGAACAGCCUCUUCUGUGGUUUUGUUUUUGAUGAUGUUUCAGCAAUAUUGGAUAAUAAAGAUCUGCAUCCAUCUACACCUUUAAAAACUUUAUUUCAAAAUGACUUCUGGGGAACCCCUAUGUCUGAGGAAAGAAGCCACAAGUCUUACAGACCAUUAACCGUAUUGACAUUUCGCUUAAAUUAUCUACUUAGUGAACUAAAACCAAUGUCAUAUCAUCUCCUAAAUAUGAUUUUUCAUGCCGUGGUCAGUGUGAUAUUUCUUAAAGUCUGCAAACUGUUUUUGGACAAUCGGAGUAGCAUGAUUGCUGCUCUGCUUUUUGCAGUGCACCCAAUACACACAGAAGCAGUAACAGGUGUUGUAGGAAGAGCAGAACUACUAUCAUCUAUCUUUUUUCUAGCAGCAUUUUUGUCAUAUACCAAAUCAAAAGGACCAGAUAAUACCAUAGCAUGGACUCCAAUUGCACUUACAGUGGUUUUAGUGGCUGUUGCAACACUGUGUAAAGAACAAGGAAUAACAGUUGUGGGGAUUUGUUGUGUGUAUGAAGUGUUUAUUGCCCAGGGGUAUACUUUGCCAUUAUUAUGUAAUACUGCUGGACUGUUUCUCCGUGGAAAGGGUGGUAUUCCAUUUUCUAUGCUGCAGACACUAAUAAAACUCAUUGUCUUGAUGUUCAGUACAUUAUUGCUUGUUGUGAUUAGAGUCCAGGUUAUUCAGUCCCAACUUCCAGUGUUUACAAGGUUUGAUAACCCAGCUGCUGUAAGCCCAACUCCUACAAGGCAGCUAACUUUCAACUACCUCCUUCCUGUGAAUGCUUGGCUUCUAUUAAAUCCUUCAGAACUGUGCUGUGAUUGGACCAUGGGAACAAUACCACUUAUAGAGUCAUUUCUAGAUAUUCGAAAUCUUGCCACUUUUGUUUUCUUUUGCUUUCUGGGAGCUUUGGGAAUAUUCAGUCUCCGAUACCCUGGUGAUUCCUCCAAGACUGUUUUAAUGGCACUUUGUUUAAUGGCAUUGCCAUUUAUUCCUGCAUCAAACCUUUUUUUUCCUGUUGGAUUUGUUGUUGCUGAGCGAGUACUGUAUGUUCCUAGCAUGGGAUUCUGUAUUUUAGUAGCCCAUGGAUGGCAGAAAAUUUUAAACAAAAGUGUAUUUAAAAAACUAUCCUGGGUUUGUCUAUCCAUGGUGUUACUUACUCAUGCCUUAAAAACACUCCACCGAAAUUGGGAUUGGGAGUCUGAAUAUACAUUGUUUAUGUCAGCCUUGAAGGUAAAUAAAAAUAAUGCCAAAUUAUGGAAUAAUGUGGGUCAUGCUCUGGAAAAUGAAAAGAACUUUGAGAGAGCUUUGAAAUACUUCCUACAGGCUACCCAUGUUCAGCCAGAUGAUAUUGGUGCCCACAUGAAUGUAGGAAGAACUUAUAAAAAUUUAAAUAGAACUAGAGAAGCUGAAGAAUCUUACAUGAUGGCUAAAUCACUAAUGCCUCAAAUUAUUCCUGGUAAAAAAUAUGCAGCUAGAAUUGCCCCUAACCAUCUAAAUGUUUAUAUCAAUUUGGCCAACCUUAUCCGAGCAAAUGAGUCCCGACUGGAGGAAGCAGAUCAGCUUUACCGACAAGCAAUAAGUAUGAGACCGGACUUCAAGCAGGCCUACAUUAGCAGGGGAGAAUUGCUUUUAAAAAUGAAUAAACCUCUUAAAGCAAAGGAAGCAUAUCUUAAAGCACUAGAGCUGGACAGAAAUAAUGCAGAUCUUUGGUACAACUUGGCAAUUGUAUAUAUUGAACUUAAAGAACCAAAUGAAGCCCUAAGAAACUUUAAUCAUGCUUUAGAACUAAAUCCAAAGCACAAGCUAGCAUUAUUCAAUUCUGCUAUACUAAUGCAAGAAUCGGGUGAAGUUAAACUCAGACCUGAAGCUAGAAAACGACUUUUAAACUAUGUAAAUGAAGAACCACAAGAUGCUAAUGGCUAUUUCAAUUUGGGAAUGCUUGCCAUGGAUGACAAAAAGGAUACUGAGGCAGAGAUUUGGAUGAAGAAAGCUAUAAAAUUACAAGCUGACUUCAGAAGUGCUUUGUUUAAUCUGGCUCUCCUGUAUUCUCAGACUGCAAAAGAAUUAAAGGCUUUGCCAAUUUUAGAAGAGUUACUGAGAUACUACCCUGAUCAUAUCAAGGGUCUCAUUUUAAAAGGAGACAUUCUGAUGAAUCAAAAGAAAGAUAUACUUGGAGCAAAAAAAUGUUUUGAAAAGAUUUUAGAGAUGGAUCCAAGCAAUGUGCAAGGAAAACACAAUCUUUGUGUUGUUUAUUUUGAAGAGAAGGAUUUAUUAAAAGCUGAAAGAUGCCUGGUUGAAACAUUGGCAUUAGCACCACAUGAAGAAUAUAUUCAGCGCCAUUUGAGUAUAGUCAGGGAUAAAAUUUCCUCAUCUGGAUUUGUAGAACAGCCAGUAUUCCCAACUGCUAAGACUUCAGGUGGAGGAGACAAACUUCCAUCUGAAAAUAUAAAAGAAAUCAGAAGUGAAUCAGGACCAACACAGAUAAUAAAAACAAGUGAAUCUAAAUCCAAAAAACAAUUAGCAAAAAAUGAAGACAAAGAGAACCCCCAAAAAACAAAAGACAUCAAAGAAAUUGAGAAAAAGAGAGUUGCUGCUUUAAAAAGACUAGAAGAAAUUGAACGUAUUUUAAAUGGAGAAUAGCAUUAUUCUUUAUAAUGUGACAGUGGUAUCAAAAAACUUUAAUCUAUAUCAUGUGAGUACUUGUACUGGGAGCUUUGAGAAAUAUCAAGAAUAUGUAACAGUCUGUCAAGAGCUGCCUCUACAUAGGAUCAAAAUAAGAUUUUAAUUAAAGACCUGUCUUACCCCAAGAUUUGUGUCAUAUAUGAUAUGGCAGAAGUUUUUAGUUUUGGUGAACAGAGCAGAAAUUUCAAAUUACAGGUGACAAAUUUGUAACUUUUAUUAUAGAAGUAAAAUUUUUCUGGGAGAAUAAUCUUUACUACUAUGACUUAAAAAUAGUUUGAGGCCUGAAUGAUGGUCCCUUGAGGAUAAAUCCAACAAGUGCUGGUUCAUUCUGUGAAUUCCCAUUUAUUAGCCAUUUCAUUUUUCCUUUACCUCUUGAAAACUGGCAUUAGGUUAAAAACACUUUUUGAACAUAUUCUUUUUUCUUCAAUACUUUUAAAUUAAGGGAUUUUUGCACUACAGAAAACACUGGCUCUUUAUGUUGUAUUUUUUGCUUGACUUAGAAUGCUGGGUAAAACAUUUUAAAUGAAUUAUAUGACAUGUUAGAUUUAGAAUAUUUUUCUUAAUUUCAUACUUUUUCUUCAUUCUAAAAUGCAGUUUUAAGCAGUUAAAGUUUCACACACACACACACACACACACACACACACAUUUCUAAUGGUGCUCACAUAUACUGUAUUUUUUUUCACAUUGAAAGUUAAAACAUGAACCAUAUAAUCAUGACUAUUUUCAGCUUUUAAUCCCCAAACUGUUAUGUUUCUGAGAGUCAUUAAUUAUAUUGAGAGGUCCUGAUAAUUUUUAACUUUAGUCUUCUGAUUAAUAACAUAGUACACUUCUCUUUCAUCUUACUGUUAGCUCUCUGGUUUUAUUUGAAUUUAAUUUUCUGUUUUCAAAGUGACACCUUAAUCAUUUUUAGAUACUUUAAGCCACUAAAUUCAGUUCUUUUUAACUGAAGGCAAAACAAUGUGACAAAAUUUAUUUUUAAGCACUAAAUUCUUGAUAUCUUGUAGUAUAUAUUUUUAUUAAAUAUUUAUUUUGACUACUGAGCUUUCAUAAAAAUGUUUAAGCUGUUUUAAUUCUAUCAAAUAUGUAAAACAAAUUGCUAGUGCAUUUGCCUAUAUGAGCAUAUAUUAUGGUUGAACAAAAAUUGCAUCAUUUUGACCAGUUGUCACUUAGAAAGAUAAUUAGCCUAGUAGAUGACUAAUAAAUUUGUCAUUUGGUUUUAGCAAAUUUAAACCUGAAAAAUACAUUAGAUUAAAAGGUACGAAUUAAAAUUAAAUUUAUUAAUUGAAAUUAAUUUUUUUCUUGAAUUAAAAUACAUUUUUAAUGAGUUUUAUAAAGUUGGGUUUUAAUUUAAAAUGUUAAAACUCAAGAAAGCUGUCAUUCUGGGAUAGUAACUAAUUUCUAAUUAUGUAGUAUUUCAAAAACUAUAUUUUUUAGUUCCUUUGAGAAAACUUAGUUUCUAAUUAUAUAUGUCUCAGAAACCAUAUUCCUAUAAUGUUUUUUAAGAAAUGUUUUAUAAAUAGGUCAUAAGAAACAUGGUCUGCAUUAAAGACCCAGUCUUAUUAGGUUCCCAGAGGAUCUGGCAUAGAUUUUUCUAGGCAAUUUAAAGCAAGCAUGGAUGCCAGUGGGUAUUAAUUCUUGACCCAGGAGAUUCUAUUAAACAUCAAAGUAAUAUCGUAUUUCAGUUCAUACAUUAUGGUUUUGUGAUUUCAGAUAGAAGGUGGAGAAUACCUCAUGUACUAUGACUUGAAAAAUGAAAUUAAGUUAUUAACAUUCUGUCCAUUGUAUCUGGAGGAUGUUUCUGAGUGUGAUCUUGUCAGUGAUCAUUUUAAGUGGAGGACAUUCCAGGAGGAUAAAAGGAAAUCUUUCAUGACAGCAAAACAGAAUAAAAGUUUGAGUGAUAUUUUAAUAAAUUCACAUAACCACUCAGAUAACAAAGGGUCUAUAUUAAUGUUAUGCAGUGAUUUUUAUAGAAAAUAAUUAUAUUAGCACUCAGAACAAGUGUCUGAUGUAGGAAAAUACUCAUGUAUUUGAAUUUUAAAUUAUUUAAAUCAAAUCCAUCCUGAGUAAUUAAUAAUUAUUAAUUAUUCUAAAUCAGUUGUUCUCAGUGUGGACCCCACCCCCUAACAAUUAGUCUGAAUUUCUUGUGAUGGAGCCAUGCUUCAGUUUUUUCAAAACUUCAGGUGGUCCUACUUUGUAGUUAGGGUUAAGGACUAGUCUUCUGAAUUAGUUCAGGAAAAUCCUUUUCUCUUUCCUGUGUUAACUUUUUAAUGUAGUUACACUAAGGAAUUUGUUUUGAUAAAUAAUUUGAGUUUUUUUUUAAUUAAGAUCUUUUACAUUUUAUCAAGCUUCAUUAUGUGUAAGAUUAUUGUUUCUUACAUAUAAACUCAAAAAUUCAAACUUUUCAGGUGAGAAAAGGUAAUGGAUUCUUUUUCCUCUAGAGCUGCCUUUUUGAAGAGCUGAGGGUGGGAACACUUAAGACCAGUUCACUAACCUAUGAUUCAAAGUUGUGGACAUUUGUUUGGAAAGGAAAGCCAGUCACAAGUUUGUGUGCUGGUAGAUGAAUGGAGUUUUAGUUCUACUGUUUUAUAAAAUAAUCUACACCCCAGGAGUUCUAGCAAAGCUUUGACAAUCCCCAGGAGCAAUACUGUAUUACUCCACUAAUUCUCAGAAGGUAAAAUUAAGUUUCCCAAAUUGCUCUUCUGUGUGUUCCUUAUUAACAUUUGGAAUUGGAAAUUUUGUAAUUAUUCCAGUGAGUAGUUUUCUGAAGUUGAUGUGGAGAAUAAAAUAAUUAAAUAUGUAAUUUUGUUUUACAAUUUUGUGUUUACUGUUAUGUAAAUAUUUGGUAUGUGAAUUAUACAAUUCUAAUAAACACUCAUGUCUUUUUUUCAUUACAUCUAAUUUGAACUCUCAAUUUCAUGUUAUAGAAUGCUUCUUUAUUGAAAAUAUUAAGAAAAUAUAUAGAUUUGUAUGUCAAUUUAUACUUCAGAAAUCCAUAUAUUGUCAUAUUUAUUUUUUUAAAAAAUCUAAUUGCAUGAAUAUGUGUAUUUAAAAUGAACCUCCCCCCCAAUAUAUCUGAUAACAUGGUCCAAAAUUAUGUAUGGGAAACAUCAGCCAUCCAUGCUAAGGGUUCAUAUGAACGUAGUUUAAAAUUGUAUGUAUUUUGUAUUACUAUGAUGUCUCUGUGUACCUUAUUUCUAAAUAUUCAGUAUUAAAUUGGUACUUUUUAAAA